AUAAAAAAAAUGAGUGCUGUUUGUAACUGUGACCAAAUGUAAUCAUAAAUAAAGUAAACCCUAGAAAUUAAAAUUGGAAAUGGAAGUAACAACUACAGAUUGAAAAUUCUGUACAGAGAGAAGAAUGGCAGAUGUAGAAGAGAAAGCUGAGAAAAUAGCAACAGAAGAGAAUGUAGAAAAAGUGGUGGCGGAGGCGGAGGAGCUGCCGAAAGCCAUCGUCAAGCGGGUGGUUAAGGAGAAGCUUUCACAGUGCUCUCCCGACGCCGAUAUUCUCCUCCCUAAAGAUUCUCUCGUCGCUUUCUCUGAAAGCGCCCGGAUCUUUAUCCACUAUCUUUCCGCCACGGCUAAUGACAUAUGUAAAGAAGCGAAGAGGCAAACGAUGAAUGCAGAUGAUGUGUUUAAGGCUCUUGAAGAAAUGGAGUUUUCUCAGUUUAUUACUCCUCUCAAAGCUUCUCUUACUGAGUUCAAGCGGAAGAAUGCUGGAAAAAAGGCUGGAACUUCAGAGACCAAGGAACCGAAGAAGAGGAAGGUAGAAGAAGAUUCAUCAAAAAAGAAAAGUGGAGGUAAAAUCAAAGAAAAGAAAACGGCUGAGAAAGAGAAAAGCUAAGCUUGCAAUUACAAAGGAUACUCUGUGUUGUUUAACUUUGCUGAGGGCAGGUUCGAGUGAAUUUUUCUUUUGCAAGAAAGCAAAUAUUCCAAUAUCGUGUAAUUUCUAUAGAAUCAGGAUUAUGCCGACGUAUCCCUCGCAUUAUGAAACUAAUAUUCUGCGACUUUAAAAAGUUCCCAAUAUCCUUCUAGUUGA